ACGCUCGUACCGGUAAUAUUACACUGAACACUCUUAGCGUUCGGAGACGAUCGUCAGCAAAGAAUUCACUCUUGUCUCCGGUGGAAUCCACCCAUCCUUCGUUUCCAUCGCAUUCGGAAGAGCCCACACAAUUUGCAUYGUGCUGAGCGAGAAUCUUGCAAGAAAGGUCGUAAGGUAAAAAAUCUCAGCGAGUGCGAUAGGAUAUUCUUUCCGUGCUACCCUCGCUUACUUAUUAACUUGAAUCUCGCGAGAGGAAAUACAAUASAACAGGCAACAAUCUACUCAGAGCCAUCGUUUUUUGGCCUAACCGUCUCGUCUUCUCCGCCCAACCAAAGCUCUACAAACCGCAGCAGAGCCUUUCGAAUAUAAACCAUGUCGAACGAACCACAAGGCGAAACGACCGCAGCAAAGGGCGACGGAAAAUUCCAUUUCGCCAUCGAUCGCGGCGGAACGUUCACGGAUGUCGUGUGCCGACUACCCGAGGGCCACGAGGUCGUCUUCAAGCUGCUGAGCGAGGAUCCGUCCCAYUACCUGGACGCCCCGACGGAGGGCAUCCGCCGGCUACUGGAAGAACACGACUCUCCGGYCAGCGGCAUUGGCUACCCCCGUGGCGAGCCGGURAACACCUCGCGCAUCGGGAGCAUCCGCAUGGGGACCACCGUGGCCACCAACGCCCUCCUSGAGCGUGAGGGGGCGCGAAUGGCCCUCGUUACCACCRAGGGCUUUGGAGAUUUGCUGGAAAUCGGCAACCAGGCCCGCCCCGAYAUUUUCGACCUGUCAUGCAAGACGCCGAGCCUGCUCUACGAGGAAGUAGUGGAAGUCAAAGAACGGRUUCUGCUKCARAAGUUCUGCAGCGAGGAACUGCUCGAAGACCCGGAAUCGCCCCUGAAGGAMUUSCCCAGGAAGGUWGGUAUCACCAAAGAAGAGGUCCUCGUCGAACGAGUUCCCGAUCUGGAUGCCGUCCGAGCCGAGCUCGAGCGGCUGCGCGGGAUCGGCAUCACGUCGCUGGCCAUUGCGCUGAUGCACGCCUACACGUUCCCCGACCACGAGCUGAUGAUUGGRGAUCUCGCACAAGAGAUGGGCUGCUUCGAACAAAUCUCGAUGAGCCACAAGGUCAUGUCCAUGGUCAAGAUGGUUCCCCGGGGUCACACGACGUCGGCGGCGGCGUACCUGACGCCGAAAAUCACGGCCUACCUCGGAAACUUCCAGAGGGGAUUCGACGAGGGCCUCUCGAGCGUUCCCCUGCAGUUUAUGAAAUCCGACGGAGGAUUGGCUCCGGUCAACGACUUUGGUGGGCACCAAGCAAUUCUGAGCGGGCCGGCGGGGGGAGUCGUGGGAUACGCCAAGACCACCUUCAAUCCGUCCACGAAAACGCCCGUGAUUGGAUUCGAUAUGGGGGGCACGAGCACCGACGUGUCACGGUUCGAUGGGCAUCUCGAGCACGUCUUCGAGACGGUCACCGCCGGUGUCGCCAUCCAAGCGUAAGUACGACGGUCAUCCGAAUGRAACGAGACAAUACCAGAUACCCAUAACACACAACGCYUUUCCGGUCUUCUCUGAGACGAUGUAAUGCGUGAAACGUAAUGGUAUCCGCAGCUUUUUGACUAACCGAAUUUUCUGUCUAAUUUGUUGCGCCACACUGCGAUCAGUCCACAAUUGGAUAUUCACACKGUAGCCGCCGGUGGAGGAUCUCGGCUCUUUCUUCGACGAGGAAUGUUUGUCGUGGGUCCAGAAAGUGCCGGGGCUCAUCCAGGGCCCGUUUGUUACCGGAAGAACGGACAUCUGGCUGUGACAGACGCAAACCUGGUCCUCGGUCGUGUCAUCCCGGGACAGUUUCCAAAUAUUUUCGGUCCUAACGAGGACCAGCCACUCGACAGCGAUGGUGCCCACGCAGCAUUCGAAGAAUUGGAGAGGCUACCGGAGGCUAAGGGUAGAAAGGCGGCCGAGCUGGCGUGGGGAUUUUUGCAGGUCGCCAACGAAGCGAUGUGCCGUCCGAUCCGAAACCUCACCCAGAUGAGAGGUUUCGACAUCACCACCCACGUGCUAGCUUGUUUCGGGGGCGCAGGUCCCCAGCACGCCUGCGCAAUGGCAAAGGCACUGGGAAUGUCCGAGGUGUUUGUCCAUAGAUACGGUGGUGUGCUGAGUGCCUACGGCCUUUUGCUGGCAGAUGCCGUGCACGAAGAGCAGGAACCCGCCGCCGAGACGUACAACGGUGGUGUUUCUGCGAACGGGGAGGAACGCUUGGCCCAUCUAAAGCGUGCAUCGAUCGAAGCUCUCAAGAAACAGGGAUACAGCGAUUCGAGCAUCGUAGUCGAAGAGUACUUGAAUAUGCGAUAUCAGGGCACMGAUAACGCCAUCAUGAUUCUYCGAAGUCCGGAUUCUUCGUUUGAAGAAUCCUUCGUAUCUUUGUAUCGAAGAGAAUUCGGAUUUGUGUUGCAAAACAGAGAUAUUCUUAUUGACGAUUACCGUGUCCGAGCUGUUGUUCCCGGAGAAACCUUAUCAACGCCAGCUGCACCGCCACCCCUMGGUGUUCCUACGGCUAGCCUUGGGACAACCAAAGCGUACUUUGAGACAGGAUGGCACGAAGUACCGGUCUACAAAAUCGACGACUUGAAACCUGGACACAAUGUUCCGGGGCCAAGCAUCAUCGURCAGCCUAUCUCUACCGUAGUGCUGGAGGUUGGGUGUGAAGCGUUUGUGACCCUGGACGGUGAUUUGAAAAUCGAGAUUGGCAAACAGGACGAAAAAGCGUCCAUGGCCGACGGGUCGAUUUCAGAAGUUGUCGAGGAUCCCGUAAAAUUGUCGAUUUUUUCCCACCGAUUCAUGGGCAUUGCCGAGCAAAUGGGCAGAACCCUGCAACGAACUGCGAUUUCUGUAAACAUGAAGGAACGAUUGGAUUUUUCGUGCGCUCUUUUCACAAAGGAUGGCGGAUUAGUAGCCAAUGCACCUCACAUUCCGGUGCACCUUGGGGCAAUGCAAGAAGCAGUUCGAUACCAAGUGAAGCACUGGUCCGAAAGAGAAGGAAUUCAAGAAGGAGAUGUUCUCAUCUCGAAUCAUCCACAGUUGGCAGGUGGGUCUCACUUGCCGGAUAUCACGGCUAUUACUCCAGUCUUCUUCGAUGGUAAGAUAAUAUUUUUCGUCGCUAGCCGUGGCCACCACGCCGAUAUCGGAGGAAUCGCUCCCGGCUCCAUGCCUCCCCAUUCAAAGGCACUCGAAGACGAAGGAGCUUGUAUCGUUGCCUUCAAACUCGUGAAGGGUGGAGAAUUCCAGGAAGAAGGCGUUACCGAGAUACUCAAUGCUCCGGGAAAAAUUCCCGGGAACUCCGGAACACGCAAUCUGCGUGACAAUCUKUCGGAUUUGCGCGCACAGGUUGCUGCGAACAACUCCGGAAUCCGUCUAUUGAAGGAGCUCGUAGARGAAAAUGGAUUGCAYGUCGUGGACGCGUACAUGAAAUUUAUCCAAACGAAUGCAGAACAAACCGUGCGGCUGAUGCUGAAGGAGUUUGCUGCAAAAAAAGGCACGAAGGUUUGCGCCGUCGACCACAUGGACGAUGGAUCUCCUAUCAAACUUACCAUCGAGAUCAACCCCGAAACGGGGGAUGCAUUGUUCGAUUUCACGGGCACGGGUCCGCAGGUUCUUGCAAACCACAACGCACCACCAGCGGUUGCAUACAGCGCUGUCAUUUAUUCGCUUCGUUGCUUGGUUGCGCAGACCAUUCCUCUGAAUCAAGGCUGCUUGGCUCCGAUUACCUUCGUUAUUCCAGAAAAUUCYUUGUUGAAUCCAUCGGCWGAUGCCGGYGUCGUUGGUGGAAAUGUCCUCACUUCUCAAAGGGUGGUCGAUGUCGUCCUCAAAGCGUUUUCGGCUUGUGCAGCUAGCCAAGGGUGUAUGAACAACCUGACCUUUGGAGACGACCAGUUUGGUUACUACGAAACAAUUGCUGGCGGAGCUGGAGCUGGCCCUACAUGGGAAGGCCGAUCAGGGAUUCAUACUCAUUGCACAAAUACUCGAGUAAGUUGCAACCAGGCAUCAAUACCUUUUUUCGGMAAUGACCCAGUACAGCUCGCCCGUACACAACGGAAUUCUCACUAGUAUUUUAUUAUCCACUUUUCGCGCCUUGUUUAUGAACUGAGCAGAUCACUGAUCCCGAGAUUCUCGAGCGUCGAUACCCAAUUGUGCUUCGGGAAUUUUCCAUUCGCGAAGGAAGCGGUGGAACGGGCAAACACAAAGGUGGUGAUGGCGUGAUCCGUGAGAUGGAACCACUUCGUCCUCUGACUGUUAGUAUCCUCAGUGAGAGACGUGUCCUACAAGUAAGUACCUCUAUAAGAUAGCAAUGUGCAAUGUAAGCGUCACCCGUUUUCUUGUUUCGCUGUUUGAASCAGAGCGAUUGCGUCUCAAUUGUUCUGUUWUCGAUUACUUAGCCGUAUGGAAUGGACGGUGGUGGACCAGGACAGUGCGGCAGAAAUCUCCUUCUUCGAAAAAAUGGCGUAGCAGUGAAUAUUGGUGGUAGGUGCAGCACGAGUUGGAAGGUUGGCGAACGGCUUCGUCUCGAGACGCCAGGUGCUGGUGGUUUCGGAUCGGAAGAAUAACACGGCAUGGUGCUUUUUUUUUGCGUUGUUUUAAGUCCGAGCACCGUUGAAAGCUAUAAAUGCGUUGAAACGUAACGUAGCAUCUGCAGUCUCGACCACUAGCAAUCGUACUAUUGAAGUUACAAUUAAACGAUGAAAUCUUACUAGGCUGAUGUAAAA